AUGUCUGCCAAUAAUUCCACAUUUACCAACGACGAAUGGAAAGGUUCCACAACGCUGCUAGUAACUAUGACGGCGCUGACCUUAUUAACUAACGGCUACGUACUCAUUUUAUUCGCGAUGCACCGGUCCCUGCAAACAUCCUUUAUUGUAUACGUCAGCAGUCUUUUAUGGUCCAACAUCUUCGAGACGCUCUUCGAUUUAAUGGACAUUAUGCAGUACGCACGAUAUCACUGGUACUUCACAUCUACCUUAUGCAAUUUCCGCAUUUACGCUCAGUGGAUAACCGGCGCUGCCGUGGUCCACAGCCACUUCAUAAUUACCGUCAAUCGCCUCUGGGCGGCGACGUUCCCUCUACACUAUCGCAACUACCAUUCCCGUAAAAUAGCGAUUCUCCUCUGCUGGCUUGUAGUGAUCUAUUAUCAUCUAUUAAUCUGCCCGAUGUUAAUCAUUGACUACGUUUAUUAUCGCCCGAAUAUGGACAACGUCACCGAUUGCGACGUGAUCUUCAGUGCACAGCCGCAAUACGCGGGCUUCAUCGAGAUUUGGAUUUACAUUAUGCCGAUAGUCAUCAUGUUGCUGUCCUAUCCGUAUCUGCUGUGGAGACGCAACCAGGUCAAAAUUUUCCGGGUUCCACCAGGACACGCCGGUGCUCUGGAGAAGCGGGAAGCCGUUAGCGGCGGCCAGCACGGAUUUCGGGUUUUGACCGUGUUAACCGGGAGCAUCGUGGUGUGUUGGACAACGGUCAAGACGCACUGGAUACUGCUAGGUUUCUGCGGUACCAAUUUACCGACUCUGCAUUUGGUUGGAAGUGCUCUGUACUCAGUACAGAGAAUCAUCGACCCGAUUCUGUGUGUGCUGGCUUUGGAGAAGUUUCGGAUCUUCUGUAUUAUCGCCCAUAUGCAGACGGUCAUCGAAUGCGAGGUGGUCAGCAGCGCCCAGCCAGUUCUGCGUCGCUUCUUGAAGAUCUAG